GAAAACCAUUUAAUACUGCCGCACGAGCACGCGCCUGAGCCAGUGUUCGACGCUAUCAGACCAGCGCCGCCGUCGCAUCCUUACGGUCAGUGCCCGAGUUGAGGGAUCUUGCCUUCCCGCUUGUACGUGGUAUCCCGAGUGACUUCUUAGUGGCCAGUAGCAGUUGAGCGACCCAAGUAAACGUACGACAGGAAAGAAAGGUAAGCGGCAAAAAUGAGCAGCAACGCGCCCGGGGCCACAAACCCCAUGCUGUACGAUCCCAUCCCGGAGGGCCAAGGCUCAACGUCGAAGCGCAACCAGUUCGUCGCUGCCCUUGGAAUCUGCAUGGCGGCCGUCAGUGGCGGCACGGCUCUGGCCUGGACGUCUCCAGUAUUGGCCCAACUGGUUCCGGCCAAUCAGAGCGACACGAGUGCGUUCAAGAACGAGAGCUUCCUGCUGACCGUCGACGAAGGAUCAUGGGUCGGCGCUUUCCUGGCCGUCGGAGCGUUCCUGGGAGCCCUACCGGCAGGUUACUUGGCGGAGAAGAUCGGUCGAAAGUAUACCACCAUGUCACUGGCAGUACCAUACCUCAUUAGCUGGGCACUGAUCGUCUUCGCUUCCGGUGCCGGCAUGCUGUACGCUGGUCGGUUAGUCAUUGGUAUCGCGACGGGUGCUUCCUGUGUUGUUGCACCGAUGUUCAUCUCAGAGGUGGCGGAAACUUCGAUCCGUGGUGCCCUUGGGGCCUUCUUCCAGCUGCAUCUCACGGUGGGCAUUUUGUUCGUGUACGCGGUCGGUUCCUACACACAUUGGGUGACGCUGAGCAUCCUGUGUGCCAUCUUCCCUGUGCUGCUGAUCGUGGCGAUGUUUAUCGUACCCGAAAGUCCAGUCUAUCUGGUUAAGAAGGGACGCCGUAUCGAUGCCGGUGUUGCACUGAAAUGGUUCUGGGGCCCGAAUGCCGACACCCAGUCGGCACUGCAAACGAUACAGAACGAUCUCGAUGCAGCUUCCGGUGACGCAAAGGUGUCUGAUCUGUUCACCAACGCUACGAACCGUGCCGCGUUGUUCAUCUCGUUGCUGCUGAUGUUCUUCCAGCAGUUUUCCGGCAUUAAUGCGGUGAUCUUCUACACUGCACCGAUCUUCCAGUCUGCUGGCAGUACCAUGGAUCCGGCCGUCUGUUCGAUCGUGGUCGGUGUUGUGCAGGUGGUGAUGACGCUUGCAUCGUCCGUGCUCAUCGAUAAGGCUGGCCGUCGGAUAUUGCUGCUGCAGAGUAGCUUCAUCAUGGGAUCGUGCUUGAUCGUGCUCGGUGUGUACUUUAAGUUGCAGAAUGACAACGUGGACGUGACGAAUAUCGGCUGGUUGCCACUCGCCUCGGUUGUGCUGUUCAUUGUGAGCUUCUCGCUUGGGUUUGGACCCAUUCCGUGGAUGAUGAUGGGCGAACUGUGUGCUCCGGACAUUAAAGGGCUUGCGUCCGCUCUGGCGGUCAUGUUCAACUGGACGCUCGUGUUCCUGGUGACGAAGAGCUUUGGCACGAUGCAGGAGCUGCUUGGUUCCGAUUGGACGUUCUGGUUCUUUGGCGCGUGGAUGAUGAUCUGCACGGUGUACGUGUUCAUCAAGGUGCCAGAAACUAAGGGCAAAACGAACGCACAGAUCCAGGCCAUCCUCGGUGGCAAGAAGUAAACCAUCUCGUGUACUGCUACUACUAUAACGCGAAAAUGCGGAAUUGGAGCUAUCGGUGUCUCUGUCUGUAAUCGAUGUCUGUGUGCGCUGCGAUUUUCGUUUUUCUUUCCUUUAUAAUUUGUUUGCGAAAGUUUUUCUAUGUUAAAAAGGCGUUUUUUAUCAUGUUGUAAAUAUGUUACUGUAGCACAACCCCGUGCCCAUUGUAUCGUUUUAGCUUAGUGAAGUCGGAAGAUUCUCGGUUCGUCAUCCUGGGGUAGGGGUAGAUUAGAUAUUUAAAGGUUUUUAGUACAUGUUUAGCCAAGGCUAAUCGAUGGCACAGGACAUCCAAAGCGACUGAUUAUAGCGACGCACGGUACUGUGUGCAUAUAAGAUCACCAUUACAAUAAGCCAACGAGAGAAAACAAAUGUGCAAGGAAUAGGGCUUAGCAGAAAGCUUUUGGUUUGAUCCGAGGUUGUGCGCUUGCAGGUCGAGCAUCUACUGAUGCUACUCGCAUCACUGCGAGGCUUACGAGACCGGUAAUAGAAAAUACGAUAGGUUUUAAAGCUAAGAUUAGAUUGUGUUAUUACGAUGCGUUUUAACGAUAGGUCGUUUUGGCACCGUUUAGUGAAAUGAUGCCCACGUUUUCCCCGUUAACUGCAUACGAGAGCCAUCUUCUAAACAGAGCGUUCACUACUAAUUGGUGAGCCUGGUAUCACUGACGGCAAUGGCGAUUACACAGAUCCAACAGGAGCACUCAUCCAUAAGCCAAAUUAAUUGAUGGCGAUUGACUUUUACAACUGGCUAUUCGUUUUUUAUCGUUUAACAACGCCAUGUUAAACCAUACCCCGAGCAGCGCACCCCAACUGAACUAUUAGACCUGGUGAUCUCCAAACCAACUCCCUACCGAUAAUACAACCACCCGGAAACCUCUAUUAAGUCCAGUUUGUGACGGACUAUAUUCGAUCUGCUCGCCAUCCUUGCAGGGAGCGCGAAUAAUGUGCAAAUUAAGAAUUUCGUUCGAUGGUGCCAUAUCACGUUAAUGCGAUAUACUAACUAAAUGUACAAUAAACAUUAUCUACAAGAAUAAAAGAGAAAGGCUGGAACCAAUGCUUUAGCGUUUGCGGUGUAGCGAAGAUAAUGUGGAACUUACAAACGCCUGUUGUAAUAACUGCACUACUGUAGAUCAGCAUAUUCCACCCUUCCACGUACACUGAUUGCCACCGGAUGAAUCCUAGCCGGUGCGUUGUACGAUCAGGCAAUGUUAUGGAACGUGCGCAGAGUUUUAAUCCGGUUAUAUUUAAGCGAAGCAAUGUAAAAUGCUGAUGAAGCGGAAAUAUAUAUUGUUCUAACG